UCACUUUCUCCUAACUCCCUCCUUUCUGUCGGAGCCUUCGGAGUGUGUCGGACACCAGCUGCUGUACCUGCGCAGAGCAUCCACAUCCCCAUUCUAGAUUCCCCCCCAACAGGACAGGACAGGACAGGACAGACGCACUGCAGUAAGCGGAGAGCAGCGGAGACGCACGGAAAAUACUUUUUAACGCGUAAAAGUGCAGCCAUCCUCCAUCAGCUGACAUGCUGCAAAUCACAAUCAGAUAUGUCCAAAUUCUGUCACUUCUUUGUGCGAUGUGUCAUCUUUCUCUGGCCUUCCCCGCCCAAACUCCACCUGCAUUCACUGAAGUCAGACAUCUCCAGGUGAAAAUCCCCCACUCAGAUGUGAUCUCCGCCUCCCUGGGCAGCUCCGUCACCCUCCCCUGCUUGGUGUCUUUGUCGUCCACUCCCUCCUCCUCUUCCUCUCCUGCUGAACCGCGGGUCAAGUGGACCGUGGUGUCGGGCGGGGUGGAGACCCAGAUCCUGGUGGCUCGGGGUCAGAGGGUGAAGAUCAACGAGGCGUAUCGAGAACGCGCCGCCCUGUCCAACUACACCUCGUCCUCUGAUGACCUGUCGCUGUGGUUGGCUGAUCUGCGCACCACAGACUCAGGUCACUAUCGAUGUGAGGUCCAGCAGGGCCUGGAGGACGCCGCCGACCUGGUCCAACUGAAAGUCAGAGGUGUUGUGUUCCACUACAGAGACGCCCUGGGCCGUUAUGCCUUUUCCUUCCGUCAGGCCCAGGCAGCUUGUGAGGCCAUCGGGGCUAAAAUUGCUUCUCCUGACCAUCUGUUGGCGGCUUAUCAUGACGGAUAUGAGCAGUGUGAUGCAGGAUGGCUGUCAGAUCAGUCCGUCAGAUACCCCAUCCAAGUGCCCCGUGAGGGUUGCUAUGGAGACAUGGAUGGACAACCAGGAGUGAGGAACUACGGAACAAUGGAUGCAGAGGAUUUAUAUGACGUUUACUGUUACAUAGAUCAGAUUGAUGGGGAGGUGUUUCAUGACUCGGUGCCUCAGCAGCUGUCAUUUACUGAAGCGCAGUCGUACUGCAGAGGAGCACAGGGAGAACUGGCUACGACUGCACAGCUGUAUUUGGCCUGGAGUGAAGGUCUGGAUCGCUGCAGUCCCGGCUGGCUGUCCGAUGGCAGUGUGCGCUAUCCCAUCAUAGCCCCCAGAGAGCGCUGCGGAGGACCGCAAGCAGGCGUCAAAACCGUCUACCGCUUUAGCAACCAAACCGGCUUCCCAGAACCCUCCAGUCUGCAUGAUGUUUACUGUUUCAGAGGUAAUAAAAAUGCUGCCACAGUCUCUCCCAUGGAUUAUGUUGUUACUGAGCCAGAUGACAUUGGACAGGAUGUGGUUAUUCUGACGGAACCUGAUGAAGAGCUGCAUCUGAACCAGAAUGAAGAGCAUGUAGAACGGGAGGUUCAGAGUAUACUCGAGUCAUUUCCCAUCUUCUCCAGGCCCUCAACAGACGAAAACCUGGUUAGCACACAUCCUACCGUUACAUCAGGCACAACAGAGUCUACUCUCAAUGCCACAUCCACACCAGACCUCCUUCAGCUGUUUAACGAAACAUCAACUCCUACAGAAAUGAGUAAUAACACAGAACAUCCUACAGCAGUGACCAGCACCUUCAGCAGCACAGAAACCUAUAAUUCUACUCAAAAUAUGACAGUCCUGUCCGGUGUCACCAACGACACCGACUCCAACCACACUUUGAUUUUAACUUUUUACGAGUCUGAGCUUGAAAACACAACAGCGUUUCUUGAACCUCAUACACCUCACCAGAUGCAACGUGUGCUGGAUUCAAACCCUGAAGAGCCUGAAGAAUCUACACAACCAUCUCAGAGUCCAGAACAGUCCCAAGAAACAACAGAUUUCAUCACUGUACAAGCUAACUUCAGCGAGAUGAACAGCACCAGUAAAGAGAACGUCUCAGAGGUAGUCCCUGUGACCUCUGACCCCAUGCUUCAGGUCAAGCUGGAGGAGGCUGUGGUCGAUGAACCGGUGCAGGUGACUCUGUCCACUGAGUCUCCAACAGAAGAAGAAGAAGAAGAGGUUCUGACUCAAACUGCCCAAAGCACCAAACCACCCACCAAAACCUUAACAUCUCUGUGGAUCCCAGUGGACGGAUCUGGAGAUAUUUCUCAAGAGACGGACCUUAACGUGGAUGCAGCCAGUUUCAUCACAGAAGCAGACUCCUCCACUCUGGACUCCACCACGGACCUUCCACCUUCUGCUGCGUCCAGUGGAGCUACUGUUACAGCCACAGACAUAACCCCCACAGCUGAGUCGUACCAUUCUGAUAAAGUCGACUUCUUCUCCACAUCAGAACAGCCCUGGCAGUCCUCCAUGUUUAGACAAGAAGGAAGUACAAGCAUAGAAACCGAAGACACGGUCACAGUGGAAAACGAAGAAAAAGAGCUACACCUGCAUGUGUCUGGAGUCAGUUUUGCUACCACUGAAGCUCCAGAGGUCUGGUCUGCUAAUUCCACAACACCACCGUACUGGACAUCAUCCCCCAGAAUGCAUUUGGAGGCUGUGACAGAUGCAUAUCAGGAAGCAAGUGGACACGAACCUGAGACUGUGAUCACAAUACUUGAGGAUGUUUCCCCAACAUUUGAAGAUGAAGAAGUUACUCCAACCCUUCAGGAGGAUGUGUUCAUUAAACCGACUGUUGAAGAAGAAGACGAGAAGGUGAACUUUGAAGAUGAAGUCAGCACUGCUACAAGCACUCCAGAAUACUUAACAGAAACCCAAACCCUCCAGGAGGAAGAUGAAGUGAACCCAGCGCUCAAUGAAAACGUCACCCCAACGGCUGAAGAAGUCACAGAAGAAGAUAAAUUCAACUCAACCCACGAAGAAGAAGAAGUCACAGUCCUUCCCUUUGAGUCACAAACCUCUAACUGGUCUCCUCUGACCACCACAACUGGACCCCAAGAGUCCCUGAAUGGCCUGGAGUACAGCAGAACGACCUCCACAGCAGCUCCAGAUUCACCCUCCAGUACAAACCCCCCCAGGAAGACCAGCACCACCACCGUCACGACCACCACACACUGGUUCAGACGCAGCUGGAGCUCCACCACCGCGGAGCCCGAAGCCCACCACGAGACGGUCGAGCCCCAGGAAGUGACAGCGCACAUUCCUCCUGUGGAUCACGGUCGGCCGGACGUUGAGUUUAGUCUCACGCAGUCGCCCACGCUGCUCAUCUUACCCAAUGAGAGAGCAGCAGUAGGCGGUGCGGGGAAAGCCUCAGAUGCCUGUUUGGAUGAUCCAUGUUUCAACGGCGGCACAUGCACUGAUCGAGGAGGAGAGAUUAAAUGCCUCUGUUUGCCAACAUAUGGAGGGCAGUUCUGUCAGACAGAUCUGGAGCGAUGUGAACUGGGCUGGGAUAAGUUCCAGGGUUUCUGCUACCGACACUUCAGCCAACGUCUGAGCUGGGAGGUGGCCGAGCAGCACUGUCGCAUGCUGGGAGCUCACCUGGUGUCCAUCAUGAGCCCUGAGGAGCAGACGUACCUGAACAGUUAUUAUAAAGAAUACCAGUGGACUGGUCUCAAUGACAAAACCAUUGAGGAUGAUUUCCGCUGGUCUGAUGGAAACCCACUGCUGUAUGAGAACUGGUACCGAGGGCAGCCCGACAGCUACUUCCUGUCUGGAGAGGACUGUGUGGUGAUGGUUUGGCACGACGACGGCCGCUGGAGCGACGUACCCUGCAACUAUCACCUGGCCUACACCUGCAAGAAAAGCACCUCCUCCUGUGGUCCACCGCCCAAGGUCAGAAACGCCUCCAUAUUCGGAAAGGUUCGUCAGAGAUAUGAGACGAACGCCGCUGUGCGUUAUUACUGCACUCAGGGUUUCCAGCAGAGACUGAAGCCUCUGAUCAGGUGUUUGUCUGGAGGGAUGUGGGAGAAACCUCAGAUCAUGUGUAUCCCCGAGCCUGGAAGUCCAACCCAAAACCCUGAGGAAACGUCUCCAACCAACAACUUCGCUGCCAUUGAAGACGAGUUUGAAUCCACUAAAGAGUCUCCACAGUACUGGGACAUCAAGUUUUAAAUGUCCUCCACGUCUCCUUUUCUUAAACUCUGCAUUUGUAAUGAGACAAGGUGAAAAGAAAUGAAAGCUUUUACCAAUGAAUACUGAAAGAGGAGGGAAGGAACUAGAACUAAACAAGCACAAAAAUACGACCUCCUCGAAGCCAACGAGUCGCACACACAGACUCUUUUUAUUUAGAGACAGAAACCGAUCCCUUAGAGACAGACAUUCCUAUUUCUAAGUUUUGUACAGCAUUUUUCUGGCAUAUAUA